AUGCCUGGCGGAGACGGAGAGCAGCACCCGCCCUCCAGGCACGCCCACGCGAGAUCGGAGAUCCCCCAGGUUAAUGAGGAGCGCGAUGCCGACCCGUCGGACGCGGAGGACGUUCCUGACCGCGUCCCUCUGUCCGAGCAGCGCCGCGAGCUGUCCUCCGGCGCGCUCGGCGGCCAGAGCCAGCGCCACGGGUACCGCACGAAGAACGACUUCUACCGCCUCAAGGCGCACCUCCGCCGCUCGCGGUCCGCCACGGAGAUGGUCAAGCGCGACAAGGCCCUGCCGAACAUCAAGCUCCUCGUUGUCGCCAUGAGCAAGAAGAGCCGCUCGAAGCCCAUGACGCAGAUCCUCGAGCGCCUGCGCGCGUUCAACGAGUUCGACAUCGAGAUCCUCGACGACCAGACCAUCCUGGACGUGCCCCAGGAGGACUGGCCUGACUCAGACUGCCUCAUCUCCUUCUUCUCGACGGGCUUCCCGCUCGCCAAGGCGCAGGCCUACGCGCGCCGGGUCGGGCCGUACCUGAUCAACGACCUGCACAUGCAGAACCACCUCCUCGACCGCCGCGCGGUGUACCGCCGCCUGCUCGAGGUCGGCAUUCCGAUCCCGCGCCACAUCGUCGUCAAUCGGGACCCGAACAAGCCCGUGAAGGACCAGCCGGCGGAGCCGCCGGGGGGGUUCUCGGGGAGCGCGGGGGAGGAGUACGUCGAGCUCGAGGACCCGGAGGGGUUCGUGGAGACCGAGGACUACGUGGAGUUCAAGGGCGAGCGGGUGUUCAAGCCGUUCGUUGAGAAGCCCGUGUCCGGCGAGGACCACAACAUCUACAUUUACUACCCGCACUCGAUGGGCGGCGGCGUCAAGCGCCUCUUCCGCAAAGUCGCGGACAAGAGCGCGGACUACGACUCGACGCACCCGGGCACCGUCCGCCGCGACGGCUCCUACAUCUACGAGGCCUUCCUCGCCACGAGCGGCACGGACGUCAAGGUCUACACCGUCGGGCCGCGGUACGCGCACGCCGAGGCCCGCAAGAGCCCCGUGGUCGACGGGCGCGUCGUGCGCACGCCGGAGGGCAAGGAGGUGCGCUUUCCGGUGCUGCUGUCGCCGCAAGAGAAGGAGAUCGCGCGGAUCGUGUCGCUGGCGUUCGGGCAGAAGGUGUGUGGGUUCGAUCUGCUGCGGAGCGACAAGGGCCGCUCGUACGUGUGCGACGUGAACGGGUGGUCCUUCGUCAAGUCCUCGAAGAAGUACUACGACGACUGCGCGGGCAUCCUGAGGUCCAUCAUCCUCUCCGCGCUCGCCCCGCACCGCCUCAUCAUGUCGCCUCCGCGACCCCUCGCCUCCCAGAUCGAGGAAGAGUCCGCGUCGGCGUACAACGACGACGCCGUCCCGCGGCCCGACGACGACGAGCCGGACCGGGCGUCGUACGAGGAGCUCCGGUGCGUCCUCGCAGUGGUGCGGCACGGCGACCGCACGCCGAAGCAGAAGGUCAAGGUGAAGGUGUCUCACCCGCUGUUCCUGGAGCUGCUCCGGCAGCACAUGGACAUCGAGGGCGGGAAGGCCAAGCAGGCCAAGCUGAAGACGCCGCAGCAGAUGCAGGACCUGCUGGACGCCACGCGCCAGGUCGUGGUGGAGUACGAGACGCUCCUGACCGCCGACUCGCGGAACAACAGCAGCGCGAUGCCGUCCAGCCCCGCGGAGACGCCGACGGGCAAGUCGGGCACCGUGCGGCUGGCGACGGCGUACAGCGACGCGCCGAACUCCCCCUCGACCAACUCCGCCAAGGCGAAGAAGAGCGACGCCGACGACGUCCAGGACAAGCUGGACAAGCUGCGCAUCGUCAAGGCGGUCCUCGAGCAGGGCGGGUACUUCAGCGGGGUGAACCGGAAGGCGCAGAUGAAGCCGACGGCGUGGGAGUAUCGCGAGGGCGAGCUCCCGCGGUGCACGGAGCUCCUGCUCAUCGUCAAGCACGGCGGUGUGCUCACCCACGCCGGGCGGCAGCAGGCGGAGCGCCUCGGCGUGCAGUUCCGCUCCCUCAUGUAUCCGCGGUUCGGUCCGAUGGGCGGCGGUCUCCUGCGGCUGCACUCGACGUACCGGCACGACAUGAAGAUCUACUGCUCCGACGAGGGGCGCGUGCAGUGCUCCGCGGCCGCGUUCACCAAGGGCUUGCUGGACCUCGAGGGCAACUCGCUCACGCCGAUUCUCGUGUCGCUGGUGAAGAAGGACGCGCGGAUGCUCGACGUGUUCGACAAGGGGGCCUCGAUGGACAUCCGCACCGCCAAGCACGUGCUGUACACGCAGAUGACGUACGACGCGCUGCGCGACAGCAGCUGCAACGUCCCGCUGCCCCGCGUGACGCCCAUGCCGACCCCCGGCGCGAACUCCCCCCCGCACUCCCCCCGCGACGACGACGGCAAGGGAACCCCGGUCCACAAACAGAGGAAGCAGAACUCCUUCGUAGGCCCGGCGAUGUCCCCGACGUCCCCGGUGCCGCCCGACGGCGGCGACGUGCCGGUCAACCCGCGCGCGUCCCUCACGGAGCAGGCGCGGAUGUCUGUCCCGGACGGCGUGGACAAGAUGGUCGCGGAGGCGCAGGGCAUCCGCAUGGACACGGCGAUCAACAUGAUGCCCGAGGCGCCGCUGCAGAAGCUGCACAUGCUGUACGACCUGCUGACGAAGCUCAUGGACGACCUGCGGAAGCUGUGCCAGAACCCGGAGGUGGUCGUCGCGGACCCCCACCCGGCCUACUCUGCGAUGACGCAGAGCCCGCAGGAGUGGGUUGAGGCGUACGGCGAGGGGAAGCCCUGCGGCGGGGAGCGGAUGCUCCUGAUGUACGACCGCUGGCGGAAGCUGCACAAGGCGCUGUACAAUCCGAAGAAGCGCCUGUUCGACAUUUCGAAGAUUCCGGACGUGUACGACUCGGCCAAGUUUGACGCCAUCCACAACCACUCCCUGCACCUCCCCCACCUCGAGGAGGUGUACAACCUCUCGAAGACGCUCGCGGACUGCGUCAUUCCCAACGAGUACGGCGUGUCCACGGACCAGAAGCUGCGCAUCGGCCAGAAGGUGUGCGACACUCUGCUGGGCAAGCUGCUGUCGGACCUCGCGAACGUCAAGGAGGAGUCCUUCAAGACGGCGGAGCAGGAGGGGUCGACGACGGGCCUGCGCGACGAGAUGACGGGGUACCAGCUGAGCCUCGCGAGCCGCCUGGACGAGGGCGCGGUGGAGCCGCCGCGCUUCUUGUACGGCGGGAUCGGCGGGCUGAUGGACGAGGAGGAGGACGACGACAUGGGCAACGAGCCCGACAUGGUGCACCGGCUGUGCCCGACGUACGCCGACGACGUGAACUCGCCGCUCCGGCACGUCCGCACCCGGGUGUACUUCACCAGCGAGUCGCACCUGCACGCCCUCAUCAACGUCCUGCGCUUCUGCGACCUCCCCGGCGACGAGCAGGGCGGCGUCGUGAGCGAGGACGCGCGCCAGAUCCUGUGCGAGAACGUGCACGAGCUCGACUACCUCAGUCAAAUCGUGUUCCGCAUGUACGAGAACAAACGCGUGCCGCUCGAGUCCCCCAAGCGCUUCCGCGUCGAGAUCCUCUUCUCCUCCGGCGCCUCCUUCAACCCGUUUAAGGUGCGGCCCGUGGAGAGCGACCACGUGCUCCCCGUGGCCGGGCGCAUCCCGCUGCACGCCGGCGACGGCAUCAUUCUGGAGAAGCUCGCCGCGGCGCUGCGGCCGCUCGCGACGGAGUACCCGAUCAAGGCCAAGGUCGGGCAGGGGCGGGGGAAGGCGGCGUUCCGGCGCGUGGUCAACGCGGUGAUCGCCAAGAACCGCAUGCAGCGAUUGUACAACAUCACCUGCCAGGAGAAGAUCGAGGGGGCGUCCCCGCCGGAGACCCCCACGCUGGCGGCCGCGGCGUCGACGGCGCAGGAGAUGCUCCCGGGUGCGUCGGGGUCGCUGUCCGGGUCGGACCAGCAGCAGCGCGUGCCGCAGAAACCCCGGGGGGGUAUUUCCGGGGGCCUCCGCGCGGCGAUGGGCGGCGGGCGGCCGUCGCGGACGUACGCGCCCGGCGUGGCCGGCGGGAGCGACCGCGAGGUCGAGGGGCACUCGUCGGCGGCUGCCGCGGCCGUGAGCGUGCCCACGUCGAGCCCCGUGUACGGGCUGCUCGAGGCGCGGGCGUCUGGGCGUGGGGUCGCGGUGGGGCAGCUGCUGCGCGUGGACUCGUCGUCGUCGAAGUCGCUGAGGAGGGAUGCGAUGAGGAGCCACGACCUGGGGGAGGAUUCGCCUGGUAUGUCUGCGGUGGAGGACAUACUGACCCCUAUUGAGCAGUCUGACGCAGAGGGGGAAGAGGACGAGGGGUGA